UUGAAAACGUACAUUGGGCAUUGGAAUUGUUGUCGUGAACGAAACUCUUCGUGCAAAGUUUGCUAGAAAAUAUAGUCACAGCAUCCGCAGGAUUUCAGAGUCAAUUGGAGCAGUGAAUAGCCGGACUUGUGCCCGAAUCAUUUUCCAUAGUUUGAUUCAAAUUCCUGUCGAGGAUUUCCAAACAUGAACGGCGAUAGCUUUCAGAGUUCAGGCUCACCAUCACCUGCAAGUCUCGAGAGACCUGCAAAACGCCAGCGACUCGAGGCAUCUACCUCAUCGAGCUUUAACACCUCAGGCAAUGUCUCUAUGCACCAAGCAGAGCCAGAAUCAAGAUAUAUGAGGGAACUCACAGCCCUUCGCAAGAGAUUGUCUGAGACAGAGGCCGCCGCUGCUCAACAACAUACUAUUCGAAAACAAAUAGAAGAAUUAUGUGAGCAUGAGAAGAACAUCCUGGAGAUGAAGCUUCAAAUGGAAAAGGAGACGAAAAUACAACUUCAGGAGGAUCUGGAAAGAGCUAUGCAGCAGGCUAAUGAAGCUCGUGAAGCCCAGGCAGCAGCAGAAGCCGAGCUUUUCCGAGUGCAGACUGCAUUGGAGCAACGAAUUGCAUUACUAUUGAUCGAAAAUGCUGGAUUGAAAGAGGACACGAUUCACUCCAAUUCUGCUCGAACUGCAGUGUCAUCGCCCCAGAAGAGUGACGAGGGAACCCGAGAGGAGGACAAUGCUGAAGGAGAUGAACUGAGCCGCUUUGAUGAAACAAUGCAGAAGGAUUCCGUGCCAAAAGAAGAAUUGAACUUUUCUACUGUUAAAAUCAGAAAGGUCAGCGUUGUAAUUCAGAGGUUCGAUUCGGCAGGAAAACCUGAAACAAAAGCGAAACAUGUGAAACAGCUUGAAGCUGCUGCCUCCUCUGCUCGUGGAACUGGAGGGAAGAAGUCACAUCCCAAAAAAAAGACAGCUACGAUGAAGAAACAAUUCGGUGGAGAAGAAAAUAAUGAGAGUACAGAGGCAGUACUGGAGGAGGAAGCUGAUAGAACAUUCAUAAAACCUCGUAGAAGCAAAUCGAGGAAGUCUGUCACCACAUCAGAAGCUUUGAAGGCGAUCUCUCGCACGCAGAAGUCAGAGAAAUUGAUGUCUGAAGGUGAUGUCAUACAAGAGAAGAGGAAUCCUUCGAAGAGGAAGUCUCAAAAUGUUAAAAAUAUAAUACCACGAAAGACUAGAUCGACGCUGAUGGAGUCUGGCGUGAGUGAGGACAAACGAUCGGGCCAAGAUGAUGGCGAAGAAGCUUCAUUUGAAGCCUCCAAAGAAUAUCUUCCUUCUUCAGAGUCAAGUGUUGAGAGAGAUCCGCUAGCAUCAACCACAGAUGAUGAGGACCCAUCUCAAGCCAUGGAUAAUAGCGAAGCUUCUGUGUCAGAGCUUUCAACUGAACAAGAUGCCUCGAUUUCGAAUAACGAUGAGAAUGACCCAGAGGCAUCCGGCGAAAAGGCCUUUCCAGAUUCGCAUCACGAUAAUGAUGAUUGUGAAGCUGAAUCACCAGAAGAUGACUCUCAUCUGGAAUCAGCUGAAACAGAAGAUGAAAACCUCUCGCUCAAUGAAACUGACGACCUCCGAGUAGCUGUCGGAAAACAAUAUUUCGUACUAUCCUCAAGUCGACAAUUCCAUGAACUCGAUUGGACUGAAGAGUACAGUCGAAAGUCAAUGAACGAAUGGUCAUGCAAGAAGUGUUCCAUCGUUGCCAUGAGGAAAGAGCGAAUACAGGAUCACGUAUGGUCUGGCCACUAUGGAGGAAACUUUAGCUGUCCUUAUUGUAUUCAUAAAUCCUCUUCUCUCAAGUUCAGAAGUAGUUUCCUUAGCCACAUGCAAAGAGUACAUCCUCAUCUGAUUCCCAACAAAGACACGGAAAUUGCUGAAGUUGCAGGCUGAUUUUAAUAUUAAAGGAUGAAACGUCAUAUGGAUAGCUUAAUAUCAGACAAGCGUAAACGGUGUGGAUUCCCUAUGCUGAUGCGCUUGCCUGUUAUUGAGGGGCUUCAUAUGAACAAUCACGACGGUGAUUCAACAUUUUCGUAGGACAUUCAUUAUGGCUGUUAGAUUAUGUAUGAAUUUUCGUAGAUUUCUAUUCCAAAUUAUUAACAAACAAACCCAUUUCCCAUUUACUGAUUGUUGAUGACUUGAAUGCAAAAUGAAUAACAUUUUUUUUAAUUCAUACAUCAUCCAACUGACAUUAUAAAUAUCCGAAAAUUCUAGAUUAAUUUCAGCAUUCAGUUCUUUUGAAAGAUAUACUUUAAGGUUUCGACAUGUCAUGACUGUCAUUUUUUCAUCUCAUUAUUUUGAAAGGCAUUACAAGGCAUUAUGAGAUUUUUUACUUACAACACUGAUCAGUAUCAUUUUAUAAGAUGAACUUGUUUUAUAAAGGUAUGUAAACUCAACUUGGCAAGAUUAAUAGGCCGGCAUUUGACGCUGUCUCAGUACUAAAACGUUUUUGAGUAUCUGAUGAAUAUAUUUAGUUCUACAAUUGAAUAUUCGCUAGAUUUUGUUGCCUAUUCAGUCAGACAAAUUGACACAUGCUGAAGAUUUUCUCGUAAGCCUAACGUUAUGAUGUUAUACCUCUAUCCAGUUGUUGUCUUGCGGUCCAGGGUCAACUAUCACCAAAUAUAAUCGACAACAGCUUGUAAAAAACGUAGUGAUGUCGAACGUGGUCGAAUAACGAAUCUCCAUUAAUUACGUUAUAAUGUUUUUCGCGGUGGACUGCUAUCUGAACGUUCAGCUACUGGGGCAUUUAUGUUACUGUUCAGUCCUUUGUUUGCUACUUACUUAUUCCACUCCAUUGAAUAACAUCUUAUGAAGUAUUUUUAAACGGAUUACUCGCUGAAGAGUUACUUGAAGCCUAGUGCACUACUCAUUCUACAUUUGCUAUCAUAUGCGUUAUAUUUAACUAUGUAUAUCACUCAAAACAUGUAGGUUUUGCGAAAUAUUUCCUUACGACUUGUA